UAUACUCCUUGUUGGUUGUUGGCUUUGGCUAAACAAAACGAAACGAAAGACAAACUGGUCGUCACUGCUUUGAGUCUUUAACGACAAAUCCAAACGGCAAAAAAACUCAUGGGCAAUUAAGAUAAGGCUAUGAUUUCUGCAAUUUCAAUGGCAACCCCUUUAAAGAAAUUGGCUUCUGGUGUUAUUCUUGAUUUGGAUGGUACCCUUUUGAACACAGAUGGAAUUGUGAGUGAGGUUUUGAAAGUGUUUUUGGUGAAGUAUGGGAAGCAAUGGGAUGGGAGAGAAGGUAAUAGAAUAGUUGGGAAGACUCCUUUGGAAGCUGCUGCUGCCAUAGUUGAAGAUUAUAAGCUUCCUUGUCCCACUGAGGAGUUUAUUGCAGAAAUCACACCUAUGUUUUCUGAUCAGUGGAGAAAAAUUAAAGCGCUUCCAGGUGCCAAUCGGUUAAUUAAGCAUUUGAGAGUUCACAAUGUGCCCAUGGCAUUGGCUUCAAACUCUCCUAAAGCAAAUGUGGAAUCCAAAAUUUCAUAUCAUGAGGGCUGGAAGGAAUCAUUCUCCGUCAUUAUUGGUGGCGAUGAAGUAAAAUCAGGGAAACCAUCUCCUGAAAUAUUUUUGGAAGCUGCUAGAAAGCUGAACAUAAAACCGUCCAGUUGCCUAGUUAUUGAAGAUUCUUUGCCUGGUGUUAUGGGUGGUAAGGCUGCUGGCAUGGAAGUAGUUGCUGUACCAUCAAUUCCGAAACAAUCUCAUCUUUAUACAGCCGCAGACGAAGUGAUAAAUUCUCUACUUGAUUUGCACCUUGAAAAUUGGGGCCUACCUGCAUUUGAUGAUUGGAUUGAGGGUACCUUGGCCGUUGAACCAUGGCAUAUAGGCAGUCCUGUAAUCAAGGGCUUUGGUCGUGGAUCAAAGGUUCUCGGGAUCCCCACAGCUAAUCUAUCAAUAGAAGGUUAUUCAGAGGUGCUAUCUCAACAUCCCUCUGGCGUAUAUUUUGGUUGGGCUGCAUUACCGACACGUGGUGUGUUCAAAAUGGUCAUGAGUAUCGGUUGGAAUCCAUAUUUUAACAAUAAAGAGAAGACGAUAGAACCGUGGCUACUUCACGAUUUUGAUGAAGAUUUUUAUGGUGAGGAACUUCGACUCGUUAUCGUUGGCUAUAUUCGACCAGAGGCCAAUUUUCCGUCAGUCGAGAGCUUGAUAGCAAAGAUUCACGAGGAUAGAAAAGUAGCGGAGAGAGCUCUUGAUCUUCCAUUGUACUCAAAAUUUGUGGAUGAUCCAUAUUUAAAAGGCUCUGCUUUGUGAUGUUAAGAAUCCAUAAACUUCAUGAAUUGUAUUCCUUAGAAGCUCUGCUUUUGUGCAGUUUGCUUAUGAUUUACUGUGAUUGAUUAUGCAGGAACCAGAAUUUCAUUGAUUAAUGAAAUUUUACUAUUAUUGAUCUACA